UUGCUGCAAAGAUGACAAAGGGAAAUGCUUCUCUCUGUUGUAACUUGUUCUGUCAGUCUCCUGUAGGCUGCUGUUCCCACGUUUACCUUGCUGGGCUGGGUUUCUGAAGACGAUUGUUUCAUACCACCAAGUAGAAAGCACAGAAGGCAAAUGUAGCUUAAGAGUGAUUCCUGUGUUUUAAGUUAAAUGUUAACCAGAUUCAAAUAAGUUCAAGAUCAUUUCGAGUGACAUUAACUUGUUUGGCUGGUGAGCAAGAAAGAACUCAAGCAGUGGAGAAUAGGCAUGGGGAUACUUUAUUCAGAGCCCAUUUGUCAGGCAGCUUAUAAUAACGAUUUCAAUGAAGUUCAGCUCCUUUUGGAUAAAAGCAGCAGCUACCUGAAUAUCCAGGACAGCUUUGGUGGAGAUACCCCCUUAAUCUGUGCAUGCAAGCGGGGCAACAACAGAAUAGCUAGUUAUCUGCUUAAAAAGAACGCUGAUGUCAACCUUAGAAACAAGAAACACCGCACUUGUCUGCAUUAUGCUGUCAGAAAACGGUUCAGCUUCCUUGAUUAUGUGCUCAUCAUAAUCCUCAUGCCAGUUUUGCUUAUUGGAUAUCUCCUCAUGAUCUCAAAGACGAAACAGAAUGAAAACCUGGUCAAGAUGUUGCUUCAAGCUGGAGCUGAUGUUAAUGCUACAGACUGUUCUGGUAGCACAGCCCUCCACUAUGCUUGUGAAAUGAGAAAUCAGGCAGUCAUUCCUCUAUUGCUUGGAGCUCACGCAGACGUUUCUGUAAAGAAUCAGGAUGGGGAGACUCCUUUAGACAUUGCAAGAAGACUACAGUUCAGCAACAUCGAAAGCAUGCUAAGAAAAACUUCCUAAUGCUUGGUGGGACUUCAUCAAGGACUGUUGGAAGUGCAGAAAAUCACUCCAUCAGGCAAUACAUCCUAUAUAACUGCAAGAGUCCUUCAGAGGGCUGUAGACUGAUAACUGAUAGAUACUUGGUCCAAAUUGUUGUAGACUUCGACUGUUUUGUAUGAGACUUGUGAGUAUCCUCAGGACUGUGUGGACUGAAAGUUUAUUUGAUUUUACUAAGCUGUGAAUGAGCACAACCGCAUUCAAAAUAUUGCUCUUCCCAUUCACUCCUCCAGUUUUACUGCUUGACUUGCACAGAUAAGGCUUCUGGAAACCUAAGCACCACAUGCGAUAAGUAGCUAAUGAGGAAAUAAAAUAUCCUUUACCGUCUGUUACAGCUUCCUUAGGGGAUGCAACUGAGCAGUAUGCCACAGCAGUUUAUACAAGGUCAUUUUUCUGACCUCUUUCACUUAGUAUUUCUUUUCCUACCAUGAGAAUGACUGUUCAAAUAGAUUGCUCUCCUUAGCACUUCUUCCUUCUUUCCUACAAAUUUCACACACUUUAAUUCUCAAGAUGUUGCUACGAGAGAAGGAUUAUCUUAUGUUUUUACAUUAAAAAAAAAACAAACACAA